AUGCUUCGCCGCAAACCCACCGCCAUCGCAAUCACAUCCGAAGACAUCGCCGCCUUUGAAGAAUCUCUCCUCCGCAAGAACACCGAGUCGGGCGCGCAACAGCCAGCAUUCGGCAACGGAGUGGGCGAAGGUGAUCUUGGCAAGAAAGUCAAUCCAAGCGACGAAUUGAAACCGCUUCCCGGGGAUAAGGCGCGAAUUCUGCGGCGAGAGGAGCGGAUUGGGUUGGGUUCCCGGGGUUGA